ACAUACUGCCUAUGUGGCAAAAAAGAAAAAAAGAGAACCUGAAAUAAAAGUUGCAACUCUCAUUUAAAAAAAAAGUUAAUUUCCAUGACUCAGGUGUGGUAUUCCUCCAUUUUACCACCCCUGAAAAUAAGAGCAUACUCUUAACCCUGUUACACUGUGGAUUAGGUUAUCUGGUGUAGUGGAAAAAUGGAGUCAAAAUUUACAUUGAGGGGUAUUCAAAAAUUUCAGGUAUUAGUCAGGCUGUGCUUGAGCUGCUGGUCCCUUGCAGCUGCCACCUCUCCCUCUACCCUGGUGCCCUCGCCGCUGCCAUGCCACAGAGCAGUCAGGCCCCUGGGUUGCAGGAGGAAAGCCUGCAUGGCUCCUCGGUAGAGUUAUACUUUGGCAAUAAUGGGAAUGGGAGCAUCAUUCCAGACUCUGUUUCUGUUUAUAAUGGCAACAUGGAAAAAAUACUGCUGGAUGCCCAGCAUGAAUCUGGACAGAGCAGCUCUAAGAGUUCUCACUGUGACAACCCACCUUGCUCACAGACCCAAGACACUAACAGAGCUUCUGAGACAGACACACAUAGUGUUGGAGAAAAGAACAGCUCUCAUUCCAAGGAAGAUUAUAUGGAAAGAAGGAAAGAAGUCGAGAACAUCUUGAAAAAAAACUCAGACCAGAUUUGGAAUCGGUCAGGUCAGCCAGAAAACAUCCCCCCCACCAAGGAGUUCCUCCUCUUUAAGCACCCAGCGUGCAUGACCACACUCAGCAUGAGGAACACAAGUGUGAUGAAGAAAGGGGGCACUUUCUUUUCCGAGUUCCUCAGAGUAUUUCUCCCAUCUCUUCUGCUGUCCCACCUGCUGUCCGUCUGCACGGGAAUCUACAACGGAAGGUGCCUGAUGACAUCCCCCAGUGGCUUUUGAUGAAGAACGGGGGCCCGACUCUCCUGUCAUGGGGUGUAUGUCAGAGCCUGCAGCACAGCUCAAGGAAGAAGCUGCAGCACCGGUCCCAUCUUCUGUAAAUGCCGAAUUCCUAACUCAGGAAAAUACAGACAGUAAGACUCUGCUUGCCUGUGAUCACACAGGUUCAAGUCCUAAGCAUGUCAUUGGUUUAUAGCUCCUGUUAUCACCUGCUAGUGACCUGUCUUUGGACAUUAUAAAAAUCUAAGAAUAAAUAAUUUUAACAUACCUAGUCAUGACAUAUCUUGUAUUUUAACAAAUUACCUGAGACCUUGAGUUACACACUUGAUCUUAAAACGACAUGAGGGGUUUGUUUAUCCCCAGUAAACGCUGUGGCCUUACUACUGUAGAAGCACUUGAAGUGGACACCUCUGUCUACUUCAGACCCCUCGUCCUGGCUGUGCUGGUGACUCUGUCACCUGACCUCUAGAAUCCAGGCUGUAGAUCUGCUUGCGCUGGGCAGUCCCCACACCCACAUGGGAUUCCCUCUGAGACUUGCCCAUUUCCUGGGCGUAACCACUGGGACAGUAGGAAGCUACUCUCUCUGGAU